AUGUCGGAGCACAGCCCGCUGCUCGCCAACGGCGACGAGCACUCGUACAGCGGCGUGAGCAACGACGACCGGUUCUACAUGGGCGUGGACAAGCGCUCGCUGCUGGACACGGGCGAGGCCGGCCUGAGCACCGUGGAGGCCUCGCGCCGCCUCAAGAUCUUCGGCCCGAACGAGCUCUCGACCAAGGAGAAGAGCCCGUGGGUCAAGCUGGCCGAGCAGUUCUGGGGCCCUAUGCCCAUCAUGAUCUGGCUGGCCAUCCUCGUGGAGGCCAUCACCAAGGACUGGCCCGACUUCUUCGUGCUGCUCUUCCUGCAGCUGCUCAACGGCGUCGUGGGCUGGUACGAGGAGCUCAAGGCCGGCAACGCCGUGGCCGCGCUCAAGGCCAGCCUCAAGCCCGAGGCCCAGGUCAUCCGCGACGGCGUGCACCAGACCAUCAACGCCGCGCUGCUCGUGCCGGGCGACCGCGUCACGCUGUCGGCCGGCUCGGCCGUGCCCGCGGACUGCGACCUGUGCGAGGGCAACCCCGUGCAGAUCGACCAGGCCGCGCUCACCGGCGAGUCCUUCCCGGUGACUAUGGCCACGGGCGACAACGCCAAGAUGGGCUCCACGGUCGUGCGCGGCGAGGUGGAGGCCGUGGUGUCGGCCACCGGCGGCCAGACCUUCUUCGGCAAGACGGCCAGCCUCAUUUCGUCCGUGGACGAGGUGAGCCACUUCCAGAAGAUCCUCAUCCGCAUUACCAUGUUCCUCAUGGCCAUCUCGUUCGUGCUCGUGGGCUUCUGCCUCGGCUACCUCAUCUACAACGGCGAGGACUUCCUCGAGGCCAUCGCCUUCUGCGUCGUGCUGCUCGUGGCCUCCAUCCCCAUCGCCAUGCAGGUGGUGUGCACGUCCACCAUGGCCCUCGGCUCCCGCAAGCUCGCCGAGGAGAAGGUCAUCGUCACCCAGCUGCAGUCCAUCGAGACGCUCUCGGGCAUGAACAUGCUGUGCUCGGACAAGACCGGCACGCUCACGCGCAACAAGAUGGAACUGCAGGACGACCUGCCUAUCUUCCACCCGACGGCCACCCGCGAGGAGGUGCUGGUUACCGCUGCGCUCGCCGCCAAGUGGAAGGAGCCGCCUAAGGACGCUCUGGACACGCUCGUGCUGAACGCCAUCGACUUGCGCCCGCUCGACCAGUACACGAUGAUGGACCACAUGCCGUUUGACCCCUCGGUGAAGCGCACGGAGUCGACGAUCCGCGGUCCGGACGGCAACGUGUUCAAGGUGACUAAGGGUGCCCCGCAAAUCAUCCUGGCACUGGCCCACAACGUCACGGAGAUCCAGGAGGAUGUGGAGGCCAAGGUGCUCGACCUGGCCAAGCGCGGCAUCCGCUCGCUGGCUGUGGCUCGCACUUCCGAGGAGGCCGAUGGCGGCUGGGUGUUCCUGGGCAUCAUGACGUUCCUGGACCCCCCGCGUCACGACACGAAGCGCACGAUUGAGCUGGCCCACGAGAACGGUAUUGGCGUCAAGAUGAUCACCGGUGACCAGGCCGCUAUCGCUGUGGAGACCUGCCGCAUGCUCGGAAUGGGCACGACCAUUCUGGGCACGGACGUGCUUCCUACGGCCAACGUGCAGGACGGUCUUUCGUCGACUCUGGGCUCGGACUACGGUGCCAUCGUGGAGAGCGCUGAUGGUUUCGCUCAGGUGUUCCCGGAGCACAAGUUCCUGAUCGUCGAGGUGCUGCGUCAGCGCGGAUGGGUGUGCGGUAUGACCGGCGACGGUGUGAACGACGCACCUGCGCUCAAGAAGGCCGACGUCGGCAUUGCCGUCGAGGGGUCCACUGACGCUGCCCGCGCUGCCGCUGACAUUGUGCUCACGCAGCCCGGUCUGUCCGUCAUUAUCAACGCCAUCACGCUGUCGCGCAAGAUCUUCCAGCGCAUGCGCAACUACGUGACGUACCGCAUUGCCUGCACGAUUCAGCUGCUCAUGUUUUUCUUCAUCUCGGUGCUGCUGUUCCACCCGGACAGCUGCCGCUUCCAGCACUUCAUCCCCCACGUCGGCGACUGCCCGUACAACAGCAAUGAGAGCACGGAGGCCGUGGACCCGUACUUCAAGCUUCCGGUCAUCGCUCUGGUGCUGAUCACGAUCCUGAACGACGGCACGAUCAUCUCGAUCGCCUACGACAACGUGGUGCCCUCCAAGCGCCCGGAGACCUGGAACCUGCCGCGCAUCUACUGGGUGGCGACGACGCUCGGCCUGAUUGCCGUUGCCAGCUCGCUGCUGCUGCUCUUCUGGGGUCUCGACUCGUGGAACAAGAACGGUGUGCUCGCCUACUUCGGCCUGGGCGACCUGCCGUACGACCAGGUGAUGAUGAUGAUGUACCUGAAGAUCUCGCUGUCGGACUUCAUGACGGUGUUCACGGCUCGUACCGAGGGUCUGUUCUUCACGCGCGCCCCUGGCCGUCUUCUUGCGGUGGCUGCUUGCUUCGCCACGGUUGUGUCCACGCUCCUGGCUGUCUUCUGGCCGUUCACGGAGAUGGAGGCCAUCUCGUUCAACCUCGCCGUGUUCGUCUGGAUCUACUGCCUCGCGUGGUUCUUCAUCCAGGACCUGGGCAAGGUGCUGCUCGUCUUCCUGCUGGAGCACAUCGACCACAUGAACGUAUUCGAGCGCAAGGUCAGCAGCAAGAAGUACGUCAAGCAGGAGGCUCAGCGCCAGAACCGCAUCCGCAUGGGCUCGACUCUGCUCAACAACGACUCGUUCAUGCGCGGCUCGUUCGUUGCCGGCCGUGCGGUUGGCGGCUCGUUCGUGGAGCGCAGCAUGACACUGGAGCAGGCCAUGGACCGCCUCGUGCGCCUUGAGGCUGAGAUGAAGGCCAUCCGCGCUGUCAUCCAGAACGCCUCGGGCACUGGUAAGCUCUAAAUGGCUCCGCAAGGAGUUGUGUGACUGCAACACGGCGACACAUAGCGCCGGCAGGUUGGACCCUAUCAGGUCGGUCUGUUCAUAGUGAGUGACUGCCCGUAUGCAUUUGCAGGUUGGAGGUAGAACAAGCCGCAGAGAUAGAUGAUGAGUUGUGCGUCAAAUGCAAGCUUGCUACUUUC